AUGGCUUUCGUCGACCCAGCUCUGCAACACGCUUACGAUGGCCAACGUCUUUACGUGGACGCAGCCGCCACUCUCAAUUCCCUUCCACGCGCUCCAGAAAAGGCUGCACACGGCUUUGAGAUUGUGUGUCUUGGCGUAGGAGGGGGGCCACUGGAGACUGACUGCAGCUGCUACGCCAUCAAGACUAGGGGGACCUCUUGGCUGGACAGUUAUGUGGUCAUCGAGGGAGGUGAGUUUGGUGAGCGAGGAGAUGGACUAGCUGGCGCCUGCGAAUGUGCGGACGCGCAAGAGAUGGAGUCAAUGGCCCAUGUAUAUAAAUUCAGAUUCGAAGCACGAAUCGCUUUGGCACCGAGGUGCAAUACGGUUCCGUUUUGACGCUGAGCAAGUCCUCUCUGUGUGCAACCUAGGCUCUUGGUUGGGUGGCAUGUCUCGUGUCCUCGAGCUUCAAGCGAGUCAUCAAUGUGCCGGCUUUGGCGACUUGGCUCUCUCUUCAUCGCCGCCAUCUCCUGCAAAUGUCUCCAAUCCUAGUGGAUGGACGAGCAAGGCCAGCAGCUCCAGCGUCUCUUCGAAGGUUGAAUAUUUGGCUUCGCGUGCAGAGGCAUUCCUGAUCUCUCACGCGCAUCUGGACCACACGUACGGUUUGAUACUGGCCAGCGCAGUGACUUCACCUCCUAAGCCGGUGUACGCCUUGGAAUCGCCCUUGACAGCUUUUGAGGGCAUCUUUGGCACCGGGGUAUGGCCGAGCGUCGUUCGCAGAGAGCACUCUCCUGAGAUCGCCCAAGGAGUCGAUGCUGGAAUGAAACCACCGCGCACAGCUCAGAGUCAAAAUGCAGCUACUGACACGGGGGUGGGCUACGUGCUACGAGUGUGAGUUGUAACAAAGUCCGAUGGGGAUUGAGAGACGGUCUAAGAGUGUCAUGCGGAUCAUCUAAGUCACCGCACGAGGCCCGUCCCUGCCGGUGCAGUGGCAAGCAACCGUGCGGACAAGUAACCUUAGUCCAUGAGCUUACGUGGCUUUCUCAUUCUUCAUAGUCUGCAACCUCGGCGCUCACAGUCACUCACCAAAGAAAUUUCCGUUCUCGCCUUCGAGCUCUCCCACGGAUUGUGCGCUGCGUGCAAUGGCAAAGGUUCUGGCUCUGCAAACAUCCUUGCUGCAGACCACGCGCACACCGCUUCAGGACCGCACGAAAGGCUGCGGUCCACUGCGUUCUUCGUAAGUUUGGAGACGGCAUGCUGCCCACGUACCACCAUCUUUGUGCUUCUUCUUGCGCUGAGCUCGACGGAAUCGUGUCUCUCAUCGCAGCUCACUAAUGUGGCGACGGGCCAAAACCUGCUCCUUUUCGGUGACGUGGAGACUGACCGCCUCUCACGGACGGAUCUCAACUAUCAGGUGUGGAUGCACGCCUCGGAAGCUAUUUGCCAAGGAAGACUGAGUACCAUCAUGAUCGAGUGUAGCUUCGACUCCUCACAGCCUGAGGAACUGCUGUUCGGCCAUAUGAACCCUGCCGGAUUGUACGAGGAGCUGAAGGUCCUCGCGAGGCUUGUCGCAAUCCGGACAAAUACAGAACACGCCGGCCGGCGGGACAGGGCCCUUCAAAACCACGCCUUUAGUCGGACCACCGAAAUGGACGACGAUUACACGGCGAAGCGAGGUGCCAAGGCGCUCCAAGGUCUUAUCGUGGUAGUCACUCACGUCAAAGCUUCAAUAUCGCCGGCGAAGAGGCCUUCUGCCGACGACUUCAGUGCCGUACAUGUACCUUUGGAGGUAGGACCUCACGACAUGAGGGACCAGAUCUUCCGCGAGUUGCUCGCUCUCGAGGAGAAGUUUGGACUAGGCGUGCGAUUCGUGAUGGCGGUGCAGGGCAUGAAGAUUGGUGAGUCUCGAAGCCCCGAGCCACGUGUUUGCCAGAUGCCCGCGCAGCAUAGCUGGUGCCAACUGAGACGUCAGAAAUGCCCGUGCCGUCUGGGCGCUAGGAUUUCAGGCGAGUCUCAAGAGAUGAUAUGGCUAACCUGACUGCUCAACUUCAACCCUUCCCGUCAGAUUGUUGA